CAGAAGAGCAUCAUCACGUCUGCACUGAGGACAUCAUGAAGGCUCUCAUCAAUACAGUGGGACUCAUGCUGCUGCUCACUGUUUACUGCACUGCCAUGCCUCAAGCCUUGAAAGAAAUGACGCCCGGAUCAUGCUGCUUUCAAUUCUAUACAGGACGGGUGCCGCAGCCGCAAAUUAUUUCCGUCAUCAAGACUCACAGCAGCUGUCAGGAAAAGGGAUUUGUGGUCAGCACUGCCAGAGGGAAUGAGAUCUGUGUGAGCCAGAAUCUGAACUGGGCACAGAGAGCUUUCAACCAACAGCAAUUCAGCACCAAAUGAUGGAACAUCUCCAUCUACUCACCCUCAAGCCACGAUACAGCUCCGUCUGAUCUUUCAUAAUAAUGAAAACAUCUUUUUUCCAAGACGGUUUUUAGUGCAGCUAUUGAUUGUUUUGCUGAUUGCUUUAUUCUUUUUAAUUGCAUUCUACAAAUGUAUCGAUAUAUGCAUUCAUAAAAUAAAAAUAAAAAUGCUGUAUACAACUUAA